AUGAACAACAUCAUAAAGUACGGCUCGGUUGAAGCGAUCCCGCUUUACAAUUGCAGCGCGCAUACACCUGAAGAGUGGUCUGAACUUAAUGGUUAUAAGCGGCCCAUCGCUGGUAUCAUUGAUAUGACUUAUGGAAUACUGAUGAAUAUCGUCUACAUUCCAAUUCUCGCCGUAAUGUUAGAAGAGGAACACUUCAAAAUGUCGUGCUUCAAAGUCAUGACUUUCCUCGGAAUCGUUGAUAUGCUCGCCUUGUGGGUCAACUCUAUUAUCACUGGGUUCCUAGCGUACCAGGGAGCCGUGUACUGCUCCUACCCGAAUUUGAUCUACAUUUCCGGCAUGGCAGGCUUCGGGCUCUGGUGCUGCUCGUGUAUAAUUGCGAUGAGUUUGGUGAUAAACAGGAUCUUGGAUCUUUCCAAGGAAUCUCUCUGUAAGCUCAUUUUCGAUGGAGCCAAGACUUAUGGUGUUCUAACUCUACCCGUUAUUUAUGGCAUGUACUUUGUGAUUUUCACCACUCCAAUCGCAUUUUCUUCCAAGCACCUCACCUGGUUCUUUAAUCCUCUUAUUUUUCCGAAUAUGACUCACGAGUACACCAAUCUUCCACACGGCUUCAACAACUUGUUCGUUGUCGCUUUCACGUGUCUUAUGUACGCCUCGUUCUGUUGUGUUGUCUUGGAAAAGGUUCAGGAGAUUGAGGGACCCACUAAGAAUAAUGCUUUGAGCAAACAAAUAUUCUUCCAAUCCGCACUGAUUUGUGCAGUCAACCAGACGGCGUCUGUAAUUUAUGUCAUCAUGAACUUCAUCGAAGUCCCACUUUGGCUUAUCAUGCUCGGGCACAUGCUUUGGCAGACCGGGCAUGGUGCUCCAGUUUUCAUAUAUCUGGGUCUGAAUCGGACAAUUCGGAAUGGAGUUUUGAGGAGACUCGGGGUUAAGACGAGUGUCCCCGUUUCACCGACUGUUUGA